AUGGUGCAUUACAAACUGUCCUAUUUCAAUGCUCGAGCUCUCGGUGAGCCCGCUCGUCUUAUUUUCGCACUUUUCGACGUUCCUUAUGAGGAUUAUCGAGUGACUGUUGAGGAGUGGAACGAACUUAAGAAAAGUAAGCAUACAAUUUCAAAGAACGACUUCUAUUUUAUGACUUCAGAAACUCCGUUUGGUCAAUUGCCAGUUCUUGAAGUGGACGGAGUCGAGAUCGGACAAUCUAUGGCUAUUACUCGGUAUUUGGCCAGAAAAUUUGGAAUCGCCGGUAAAACUCCUGAAGAUGAAGCCCAAGCCGAUGGAAUUGUCGAUCAAUAUAAGGACUUUGUGGUCGCAUUCCGUCAGUUUACUUCUAGAACUUUCUUCGGAGAAGGCCCCGACGUGAUUGUUCGUUUAUUGCUCAAAAGUUAUAGAACUCUCAUAAAACGUUUAGAAAAAAGUGAGAGCCGAAGUGGUGGAUCCUGCAGUUCAACCGUACUUGGACACCAUUAAAAGAUUUCUGGAAAAGAGCAAAUCCGGAUAUCUGGUCGGAGACUCUUUGACCUGGGCCGAUUUGGUGGUGGCCGAUAACUUGACGAGUCUCAUUCGUCAUGGUUUCAUAGAGAAGGGAAACGAGAAGAAGUUGGCCGAAUUCCACGAGAAAAUCCAUUCGAUCCCAAAUAUCAAGAAGUAUGUGGAGAAGAGAAUCAACAAUGCUAUUUGAAUUUUAUCAGUUGUAGUCACAGAAAAUAAAAUGUUUUUACCUGAAAUAUUGUUUGUCUACUACGUGACUUUCGUCAGUUUUUCUUCACCAAACAUCAAGCCAUCGUAUCAUCUUCUACGCGUACAAAAACCUCAAAAAAACACUUCUUUUCAAUUUUGAUUGCAGUCCAAACUGGGUCGUCGGCACUUCUUCAGUCUUAACGUGUUCGCGAUAUCAGCUUCUAUGAAACAUAAAAUUCUAGUACUGAAACUUUUUCGUUCGAAACUAACGAACUUUUCGAAGCCAAGACAAAGACGAAGAACAAUAAAGCGUGCGGCAAUGUUGCAAAAACUUAAUUAGACCAAAAUUCAAUGUUUGUGUACGGCCGACUGUGCAAUGACCAGAAACCAAUUGAAAAUAAUGUCAGUCUGAACGACAUCAAAGUUCACUUUGUGACCGGAAAUUAUUGAGAAUUUCAUCUUUUCACUUUCAAACUGAAAACUCCCUCGUUUGUGGCUGAAAGGCAUUUGAACCUUGCGAAGUUGCAAACGCGCUUCAUUGAGGUUUUUUGUACAAAAAGUACUCAGGGAUUUGAUGUGAGGAAACAGCGGCGGAAGAGGCGUUUUUAGGAAACCGUGGCGGAACGCUGUUUCGCCAAACUCAAAUCGUGGCGAGACCACUGCGGCGGCAGCUUCGGCGAAACGGCGGCGGAACGCCGUUGCAACGGAAAACGACGCAGUGUUCUGAGGAAACGGCGACGAAAGAGUAAACAGGGAGGCAACAUCGGAAUAUCGGACGGUCGUUUUUCUUUCGCGCGGCAUUUUUCUUGUAUCUUUCUCGUGCAAAAUCGUUUCGAAAGGUGAAAGUGUGAUUUUUUUUAGGCCAGCACACAAUUUCCACCGAAAAUAUGAGUGACGCAAUGCUGCCGCGCUUUCAUUCGCCGGUAAGCUCGAAUUUUGCCCGAAAUCCGUUCGAAACAUUAAAUUUUCAGCGACCCACAAUGAAGUCUCGGUGAGCUACGAAAAAGAGGUGCUGCGCGACAUUUGCAACGGAUUCAGCCGGGCGACGAAUGACUUCAUUAACGGCGAACUCGUGGACGCUCGGCGUCUUCGUGGCCGCUGUCACCGUGUUUCCCAUGCUCAAGCGCAGUCUCGCGUUCGGCAUCUCUCCGUUCAUUCAGAACUACGUUUUCGGGUCAGUUUUAAGGCGAUUCAUUCCCGAAAAUCGAAAUUUUUUGCUUGCAGCGACUGAAAUAUCGUCCAAUCGAUAUCGACCGUGCUCGCCGGCGGUCUCCUCUGGCUCAUCUUCGUGCAACUGCCCCGUCUGAGCAUCAAAACACUGUUGAAGUACAAGAAAUGGAUGACACCGCUCGGAAAGGUGUCGAAGCCGACGAAGCUGUGGCUCGGAGUGCUACACAUGAUCUCGAUGGCCGAUCCGAUGCUGCACUCAUUUCAGGAAGCGCUCCCACCUCUUCCGGUGCCGAAUCUCGACGAUGCCGUCAAAGAGGUAACACAAUAUCCGCCGCUGUUUCGCCGCCGUUCCGCCGCUGUUUCCUCACAUCAAAUCCCUGAGUAAUAAUUUUUAAUAUUUUCUCCUGUCGCUGCAUUUUUUCUCUUAGUUUUCUAUCAUAAUAUUAAUUUUCUAAUGGGAAUAUUUUCAGACAUCCUUUUUCUGCUCAAAAUGGCGCCCAAGACUAUCUUUAUCACCGGAGCAAACCGCGGAAUUGGCCUGGGACUCGUCCGUCAUCUUCUAAAAGUUUCCGGCGUCGAGACGUUGAUCGCAGGAGCACGGAAUAUCGACGGAGCCGCAGUACGUUUUAUUACCGCUAAAAUGCUCAAAAAAAAAAUUCGGGACAUCUCUUGAUCGUACUUCCAAAAGUUAAUUUAAAAAAAAACUAACCGAUUUCAGGAGCUUCAAGCGCUUGCCAAGGAGGAUCCUCGCCUUCAUCUUCUCGCCGUCGAUGUCUCGGACGAUGAGAGUCUCCAGAACUCCGUCAGGACCGUCGGCCAAAUCGUCGGAACUCGCGGUCUGAACCUUCUGAUCAACAACGCCGGUGUCAUCGAGCCGUACGGAACCGCUUCUGCUCCGAACCGCGCCACAGUGCUCCGAACGAUCGACGUGAACGCCGUCAGCGCUCUUCUGGCCACUCAGUACUUCCUCCCGCUGCUCCAGAAGGCGGCUGCUCACGUGGACGGUGAUUUGCUCUCGCCCGACCGUGCCGCCGUCAUCAACAUUGGAUCGGACUGCUCCUCCCAGGCCCUCAACUUGCGCGGCUCCGGACCAGGAAACUCGUUGCUCGCCUACAAAAUGAGCAAGGUGGCAAUGCUGAGCUUCGCCCGGUCGAUGGUCGCCGACUUCAAAACGCUGAAUAUUCCGGUGCUGGUGACCACAAUUCAUCCCGGAUGGGUCCAGACGGAUAUGGGCGGCGCCAAUGCCGAGAUCACGACCGACGAGUCUGUUGGACACAUCGUCGAGAGCAUCGGAAAGCUCAACGCGAGCCAUCACGGAGGGCUUUUCAACCGUCAACUGGAGCAGAUGCCCUUCUAA